UAGCCACCCUUCUGCGGUUUACACAUAGCUCGUCGACUGGUUUAUGUUUCCUGUCUUCAGACGUGAGCCCAAUGAGCACAGUGAUGUGCGGUCGCGUUUCUCUCAAAACGUGCUAGCGUUCUCAUCGUUUUUCGACUCUCUGAAGUACUCCUGACAAAAACUUCGUGUCCUUCGGCGCCUCCACAAGUUUUCAAAGUGAAGCGUCUGUUUUGGUCCGUUUGCUCAUACUGACUAUGGCGACGCUCGAAGACCGCAUCCUCGGAGAGAAACUUCAGUAUUACUGCAGCAGUAGCGAAAGCGAAGACGAAUCCAGUGGAAAGGGUAAAGAAGACCCCGAAGACAAGCGGCCGAGCAGUUUACGAAGUUCUCGUUCUCCCGCCCGCCCGGAAAUACGAGAAUGGGAGGGAUCAUCUGUCAAUACCGGUCCCAAGGGUGUUCUCAAAGAUUGGCAAAGGUUUAAGCAACUCGAAAAUGAAAAGAGAGAACAGCAAGAACGUGAACGGUUACAACUCAUCAAGAAGCUGUCGUUGACAUGUAAAUCUGAUCGUGAUGCGGAAAGGGAAAAGGAAGAGGAUGUUGACAAAGACUUACAGGAAGUUCUUGAAGACGACUUUCUCAAAGAAUACAUGCGAAAACGGAUGGAGGAGAUGAUGACAAAAACAAUCGCAAAGCCAAAGUUUGGGAAACUCCUACGCUUGAAAGACGGCCAGGAAUUUUUGGAUGCUGUCGACAAAGAAAAGAAAGGCGUUACUGUCAUAACACACAUCUAUGCAGACGGCAUCCAAGGCUGCGAAGCUAUGAACGGUUGCCUUCAGUGCUUAGCUGAGGAAUAUCCUCAAGUAAAGUUCUGCGUCGUCGAGGCAUCAUCUGCUGGAAUGAGCAGACACUUUGAGCGUAGUGGGGUCCCUGCGCUUUUGGUGUACAAAGAUGGGAGCCUGAUUGGGAACUUCGUGAGGCUGACGGACGAAUUUGGGGAAGACUUCUUUGCUGUUGAUGUUGAAUCCUUCCUCAUCGAGCAUGGAUUCCUGCCAGACCCAAGUCUUGUACCAUCACUCGCGAUAUCGCAAGCGGCCCCAGACAACGACGAUGACAGCGAUUUCGGAGUGGACUGAAGCACGCUCGCUUCGCAAUUUUUGUACUUAUUCCUGUUCAUGCAUGUGUUUAUAUUGCUCAUAGUUUUAUCUUUUGCAUCAGCUCUGUGACCACGGUGGAUUUUUUUAGCCGCGCCACAUUUCUACAAAAAAAAGGAACACGAGAAGAAAAAAAUGUUGAGCCAUUCGCUUUAUGUUCGAGCGUAGCAAGAAAAGUGUAAAGUUUCGGCCAUGCGAGAUGUUGCUGCCAGCAUCUUUGUGGGGUGAAAUAAAGCUUGGGUCUGACGGUGAA